CGUUGUCCUCCGCAGGGUUUGAGCUCAUGACCUGUUUGUCAGCAGCUACCACAUAUGUGGCACUGUAUCAUUCCGCCACCAGGCCGGGUACAUGGAACAUUGUCUUCGCGGCAGAGCUUCGAGCUUCGCGAUUGUCUGCCUGCCUGAGGGGCGGCAAUGACUCGGAGUGUGUCGCACAACCGCCGCCCAAUGAACAUGCCUAGCUCUGGUGUGAAGCUGUCCUGCUCGGGCAACGGUGGAGGGCUAGGGAUAAGGAGGUCCCGCCGCCUAAGGUCCUCCGCCUCCUUCUCCUCCUCCUUGACUCCUAUCGUGGUGCUGUUAAUGGUGAUCAUCUGCUGUCUGCAGCUGGUGGAAUACGCCUCCUCGGCGAGGUCGCCAAAGGAGACUGAAGACGACCCUAUUACGGAGCAAGAAGAGGUCCCCAUUAAGGAGCAAGAAGAAGAGGUCCCCAUUACGGAGCAAGAAGAAAAGGUCCCCAUUAAGGAGCAAGAAGACGUCCUGAAGGAGGAGGAGGAGGAGGAGCCAGUUAAGGUGCAGUACAUUAAACCCGUUGAACCGAGUGAAGAGGUCCCGGAGGACCAUGACAAGCACCGGUCAAAGGGAGGGCAUCAAGCCCCUCCACCGAAACAGCACAAGGCUGCCAUCGCUCAAGAAACGGGGACGGCGAAUGCGACUGCUGCGGGGGAGGAACACCCCAGUUUUAAACCCCCUUUAAAAUCGCGCAGCUCUCCAUCUUCUCCCUUGAGUCCCCUAAAGAGUGCUAACUACUGUAGGGAGAUCCCAGGUGGCAGUGAGGUUCGGAAAUCUCCGGCAGCCUCUACUGAGAAGAUGGAGAGGUGCACGAUCUGCAUAUUGACGGCCGAGCCGUCCAGGCCAGGAUCAUGUUACAGUCUUGUCCGGCACAAUGGGUGCCUUCAAUUCAUUCCAAGCUCCUUUUGGGUGUUUUAUACCGUCUGAACAGUGCCGCAAUGUUUCCACUUGAAAGGAUUUAUUCCAGCGCCCAGACCCGUUCAUCCCACAAGGUCGCAGUGUGCGCGCAGCUGCGAUUUUCAGAAGUAAUCAUGGUGGUUUAAACCACCAGUACCCGACCAAGGUGUGCCCGUUAAGGUGCUGGUCUUUCAGGGAUAUACUGGCCUGGCUGUGGCCAGAAUGGAUCCAGAGGGCCACACGGACUGGAGGAAGGUUCCCAAGUACUGGUUGUUUGCUGAGGACUGUGCUCCAUCAAUCAGAUUGUAACCCAUGUUGCUAAGAUUACUCAGAUUAAAAGACUCUGAGACAAGUGAAGUGUAAUUGAGUAACUCAGGUUUUCUGGACAAGGCAAGUGGACUGCGACUCAUGUCAGAGUAGUCGUAUGGGAAUGGGACGUUGCUGCUGCAACUACUGUGAUCAAACAUGUCACUUCUUUAACUUAGUGACAUUACGUCGGGAUGCCUUCUGACGAGCCACAUUCAAAGAAUCAGGUGCAGUCAUUGGCAGGCUCAGAAGGCCGUGUAGAAGCAGACCGAUAAUCUGCCGUGCUCCGCUGGAGCCGCAUUCGCUGUAUCGGAAGAUGGUAGCUAACAAAACAUCACUUUGAAGUUGACCAUCUUGCCAAGAUCUGAUUUUGGUACUAUAUUCUCCUCAACACCACUACCAGAGUUGGAAAGGUAUGUGCUUUCGUUUGGAAUGCUUAGCCCCCAACCUCAUAAUAGCAAUGAAAGUUGAAUCCUUUUUUGCACUACCGAAUACACGGAGAAAGUUCAAAGUUGGAACUUUUUCUCAGCAUGCGUGCCAUGUGAAGUUCGUCUUCAACAACUUGUAACAUAACAUGGGAGGGAUGCUCACACAUUGCGUCUGAUUCAACCUGCUAGUAUGAGGAAGGACUAUUGCUUGAGGGCGAAGGUGAAACCUUUGACAAGAUCGAAGGGUCAGAGCAAGAGGAAUGCUGAAUAGUUAUGCCGGAUUUCGCAUCGCUGUAAGGAAUGUUAUUGGGGGUCAAAGAUAGACUCUUUAAUACAAUGGAGGGGCUAGAGCUCACAGCUGUAUGUUUGGCGGAGACCAAGGGAUGAGAAAGUUGGAGAAACUGGUCUCUGUCACUGCCAGGUUCAGCAAUUUCGAGCUUGCUUUGGGGUGCAAGGUGUGACCUUGAUCAAAUGCAAAAGGCCAAAGCAUCAGAGGCUCGGAGUUCACCAAGCAAUAAGAAGGUAUACCAAAGCGGAUGGUCGUUGUGAGCAUUGGAUCCGAUCGCACUUUUGAAAGAGUCUUUUUUAAGGGAGAAUGAGAAAGAGGCGAACUUUUUGUGAGGGACAGGGACAUAUUAGUCUGUAUUCAAUAGGCUUCGAGUAAAGGGGCGUGUUUUGUCUAUAUCCAGCAGGCUUUUUUGACUGAAGGGGAAGUGGCACAUUUGUCGGCCUUCAACAAGAUUUAGCUGAAGGGCAGGGGUACACUAGUAACGUCAAGUUUUUGCUAGAGCUGUGUAGUGCGCAGAUGAUUAGAAAGUUCAACAUAAAAUGAGUUUUUACUCUCAGACAAGUCAAAAAUUUUCGGCUGCGGACAAGUUUGCCUUGGUCCAGCAACUGAUAAAAAGGGCAGUUUUGCGGAAUCUGUACAUUGACAACCUUUUCCCGGAAUCAAAUGAGAACCCACUU